GCACAAGCAAAAUGAAUAAACGACAUCGUUUGCUCCGGUUUCAAAGGUAAAAAAAAUCACAUACUGAGCAUUUGAAUCAUAAUCAUCGUCUUCCUCCUCUCAUUUCAAUUUUUUCCAGAGACUUAUGAUGAGUGACAUGGUCGGCAAUGGAAAAAUAGAAAAGCAGGAGAUAGAUUCUUCUUCAACUGUGGUUUUUGAGAUACCGGGAGAACCUGCCGUCAUCAUUAAUGGAAUGCCAGAUGUUUGCCCAACUAGUGAUAACUUUGGUUCCUGUACUGCCAUAGCUGUGGCAGAAUCUAAUGGGGGGCACAAAGGUUUUGGUGAAUGGUUGGAAGGAAGGGAAGUGCAGAAGUUGUUUGGCGAGCACUACUAUACUGGUGUUGUGACUGAGUAUGACACAGAAGCAGGGUGGUACAGAGUUGUUUAUGAAGAUGGUGACUUUGAAGAUCUUGACUGGAAUGAGUUAGAAGAGGUGCUUAAGCCCUUGGAUAUUAUGGUUCCAUUGAAAACUUUAGCUCUAAAAACAAUCAGGAGAAGCAAGAAACAUGUUGAUAAAACUGGUGUCAAAGCUCAAACCCAUCUGACCAAGAGUGUGGCUAGGAAGGGAAAGAGGGCCCUGGUGUUGGUGCCUGAAGGUGACUCAUUGAUGCAGCCCCAAUAGUUAAUAGAAUUGUUGCUUAUGAAAAGUAAAGAGGACAAGGAGCAUUGGAGUAGAAUGGAAGAAAGCAGCCUAGUUCAGUGGGAGAAGCCUAGAUCUCAACAAGUUUCAAGGAACUUAGGAUGACAAUCUAAUCAGUGACAUUAGCAUUUUAGUCAUAUACUUUGGGGAUGCAUGCGCCCCUUAAAAACAAAUUUUGUCGUUUUCUUACUUCAAUAUAUUGUGUUAAUGUCGUUUCUAGAAUUUGUGGUGCAAUUUGUUAUCUUGCUGGGCGAUGAUUGUUGUCGUUUUCUUUAGGCUUUUCUAGUUGGUGUUGUCUUCCCAUUGAUACCUUGAAUGUAAACUAGUUUUGUUA